AUGACACUUCUUGUUCUUCCUUGAAAACAAUAACUACAUCAAAUACUUCCAAUCGAUCUGUGUGGAUUUAUUUUUAAACAAUGAGGUACAUUUGCAGAACCUGUUCGCGAAUGGCCGAUCCUGCGGCAGCCAAGAACAUUUUUGAGCCAUCGAGUGCUUCCGUUUUGCAGCAAAUUGAGACACUGACAAAUUUGCAGCUAAAAAAGGACGACAAGUUGCCCAGGUUUAUGUGUCAGGAGUGCCAGCGUGAUCUGCAAAUCGCCAUCGACUUCCGCAGAGUUUGCAUCGAGGCCCAGGAGCUCCUCGAGCUGCAGCUGAAGCAGGUGGAAAAGGAGGAGGAGGCCCUUGAGAGUCUGGCGGAGCAAUGGCUGGAUGACUGCCCGGAGGAGUUCCCCGACUUACGGUCGGACCCGCAAGACAAGGAAGAAGAUAAGACCCUCAUCGGGCACGUAACACAGGAUGAAGAUGCACUAGAAACAAUGUCUAUUGCCUCAAUGGAGCUUCUGAAUACAACAGUCUGCAAGGAAAAAUUCCUGCCUGAGGAUAGUCCGCAUGUGCUUCCAGAAUUCUCUGCGGAUAGCCAGUUGUCCGAAGAGAACUUCGACCUUUUGCUCUCGCCAGAGGCUGAACUUCCAGAGAGUGAAGCCAUUGACGAUCCGGACUCCUCCAGUCACACGUGCAGCAAAUGUGGCCUUGAUUUUGACGAUCUGGACGAACUUAGGACACACAAAUACCAUCUGCACGACGUACCUCUGAAUUCCAAAUUCGUUUGUGACCAUUGCAGCGAGGGCUUCCGAUCAGCAGCCGCACUCACGAGGCACUGCAAUAUGCUUGAUUUUCCAGCGACGCACGCAUGCACCAAGUGCAGUUUGAAAUUUCACAACCAGAUACUGCUGGAGACCCACGAGGAGCGAUGCCAGAAGCCAUCAGAGGCCCUACAUGUGUGCCACAUUUGCGGCAAGCGGCUGACCACAGCCUUCAACCUGAAGAACCAUCUGGUGCGCCAUGCAGGCACUCGACCCCACAAAUGUCACCAGUGCGAUGCCUCCUUCUCCACCGCCGCAGAACUUAGUUCGCACCGGAAAACCCACACCUCGGAGCGUCCCUACGCCUGUCGCUACGACUGCGGGAAAACCUUCCGCUUUUGCAGCGCCCGCAGCAUGCAUGAAAGAAUUCACAUGGACGCCAGCAAACGUAUCUACCAAUGCGAAUACUGCCCCAAGUCCUAUGUCACCGCGAGCGACUGCAGGACCCACCAGAAAUAUCACAACUUGACCAGGGAUCACAGUUGCGACACUUGUCGGAUAAGCUUCAAGACUGUCAAGCACUACAAAUCCCAUCUAAAAUCAAAUGCACACAAGACCCUCGAGGCUCGUGCCACAGCCACCAAGCGUUGAAUCCCCCCAACCCAUCAUUAAUAGUAUCUAAAUUGAAAUCGAAUUGAAAUCAUUAUUGUCAGCCGCAUUUAAGUACAUAUGUAAUCUAUGAUAUUAAUAAAGCUUCCGUUCCGUA